UAAACUUGUCGUGAGGUUUGUGGAGCAUAUUAUCAUCAAAAUCAAAAGUAAAUCCUUUUGUGUUAAAGCAAAAAAUGUGUGUUGUAACUUUAAGGUGGUACGAAAAAAUAACACAAAAUGUUAUUUUUAUGACAAAUCUCGAAUAAAAAAAUUGUGUAGGAUUUUCUUGUGAGAAGUAUCGAAAGAGAAAAUGAAUAAAAGUCAAGAAAUUCCUUUAAAAGGCGAAAGGAAUUCUACUUCGUCUGCAGAUUGGAGUGAGCAUGAUUCAUCUUCUAGUUUUUCCUCUCGGUCAUCCUACACAGACAGUGAUGACAGCUACAUCCCAGAUUGGGAACCCUUUGUCACUUACGAUGGACAACUAUUCUACUUGGAGCUAAAUUCAAUGCCUCAGAUUCCAGCAAAAGAGCAACAGAAUAUUGUUAAUACGUUGGCAUCUGUCCGGAAUGCAUUUGGCAGAGUUAGCACUAGAAGGAGUAACAGAAGUUCAGGUAUAAGUAAGCUUUCAAAGUUAAUUUCACGCCGUGCCAAGUUGCCCAUUCCACAAGGAUCCACCAGCAGUGGUGGUGGUGAUAGCAAAGUGACUUUUCGGGAAACUUCAACGGGGCAAAUAAAAGAGUUGACAGUCACAAUUGAUCCGGCACGCAGGCACAAAUUUGGCCGACGUACGACUAUUAGUGAGUCUCUCUUGGGCAUCGCCACCUGCCCAUUUCCAGAUGGAGAACGAGUUAUGGUGGCUGGCUUUUCAUCCAUCCUACAGAGUGUGAAAGUCGGAGACUGGAUCAAAAAAAUUGAUGAAGAGGAAGUGAAUGUUGCCAACUGGGAUACAUUACUCCUCACUUAUGAAACUCCAACAGAUGUAGUUCUCACUCUUCAGCAAACGGCCGAUGAGAAACCCAUUGAAAUGCCAGAGGAUAAUCUCAGCAAAUUCUUCAAUUUCUCAAUGGUUGCUAAUAAUUUGGAACUUCUCUUUCCUGGCAACAUAAGUACAGAAGAUGAGUGUUUUGCACUGCUGUACUUGACCAUGAACGGAGAAAAAGGGCCCCUUAAUCAGGAUACCCUCUUUUGCUUUCCAGAAAAAGAAAAAAAUAGCUUCUAUGCCACAAGAGGUUCUUUUCUCACGCUCAACUCCCUCUUAGCUGCGGAUUUUCAUGCUAAUCCACAAGUGACAAUCCUCGAUAUUAAUGGCAGAGCUUUUCAUGUUGUCUACACGCCAUUUAAUGAAGAUCUCCUUAUUUUAGCUCUCGCCUCGGAGUUUGGUACACAAGAGGAAAGCCUUUUCCUUACACGUGAGAUCUGUCGUGCUCUGGAAUUUGCCUAUCGUGUUCUUCCUUGUGCUUUUGCGGAAAGUAAUAUGAAUCACCUUCGGGAUCUUUGCCAAAUAAUUGACUGGAGCAUUCGUCUUCGUCGCUCCCGAGGGGAUUCAUUUGCCUUUGAAGAAAUCCUACGGGAAGUUCAUUUGGUACCUCUUCCCAAAGAGGCUCAAUUACGCAUUGAUGAUGCUCUAAGUGAGAUGGAAGCAAUGGAUUACCGUGAGUGGAAUUAUGAACCGCUCAAAUCUCAUCGAGAGUUUUACAUUGUAGGCAGUGCAUUAUUUUUUAAGAACUUCCUUUUGGCGACGCAUCUACCUGUGGCAGAUUUAAUUGAUUUAAACGCAUUCUUACGCUUGCAUGGUAUUCCUCGGCUUUUGGCAGAGCAAAAUGUGAAAGAUUUCGUUCUGUGGAAAGAGGUCUUUCUCAGAAGCUGCGAUCGUGGUCUCACAUCAAAUGGGAAGAUCUACGGCAUUCCAACAGGCAGAUGGUUUCUUAAUAUAAUUGCACGUGGGCAAAUGGCUAUUGCUGUCAUUCUCGAAUUGAGGUACGUUGAUGCGAACCAAACGACACAAUUUAUCCCACCAUCACCCUUCUACGUGGAGGAAAUUCAAGAUACACUCGAACACCUAAGGACUGGGGGUGUUGAGACGCUAGCAAAUACGUGGAUUGCAUCCAAUCGGAGACCUCAGUGCGUGACAAAUGUCCUUCGCGAUGAUGCAGCAUCACAGAGUGGUACAUUGCAAACAAAAAAGAUGGAACUCAUCUCGAUCUUAAAGCGUAAGAGUACAUCCAGUGAGAACGUAGACGUAUCCAGUAGUCACACACCAAGUGAGGAUUCUCACAAAAGAGAUGAUGAUGAGAGUGACAGCGACUGGGAUGGAUUUCCGGAUAGUCAGAAGAGCAGUAGUGGAUUUGAUAUGUCUGAAACAGAGACAUUGCUCAAGGAAGUGUCUGAUAUUAUUCCAAGUCGACUCACAAGCGGCCACACAAAUGUUCUCCUGCACUACGUACAGUUGGAGAUUGGUGAAGGUAUCCUUCUAGCACCGACAAACACCACCAAUGUAGACCUUAUUCGCACUUUCCGGCAAACAUGCUUUCUCAUUCACACCGUUCUUCAGAACACCAUUCGCUUUAGGCAGUUACUGGCACAAGAAACAAGCAAACCUAAUUCCCAUCGAUCUCUUGUCGCUAUCAAGGAGCACGGAGUGUUAUUGCGGAUGAAAUCGACGGAUUUUUGGGUCAUUGGGCGUUUGUUCUUGGCAACAGGAAGAGAAACUUACCUUUGUCACGUUGCCGAUGUGCCACAGAAUCUCGUGGAAAUUGCCUUUAGGCUUACACUUAAUGCAGCUGGAUAAUAUGCUGCAGAAUAUAUAUUAUUUUAUAAAUUCCGUCCAUUUUUUAAAUAAAUAUAAUACCAUACUUAUUUUACAAA